AGCUAAAAACUUGCACGGCUUGAGGAGUGGAUACAACAGAAACUGGAGCUUGCAUGAAGGAUCACAUUGUUUCUCUGCACCGAUUCACGCCUAACGGAAUUGAUAUCAAUCUGAGACGGCGCGGGCUGUGAUAUUUCUCUGAUUCGGCUUCAGGAUGAUGAAGUUUAGGUUCAGACGGCAGGGAAACGACCCUCAUCGUGAGAAAAUCAAACAGGAUCUGUUUGCAUUCAAUAAGACUGUUGAACAUGGAUUCCCAAACCAGCCAAGUGCUUUGGCCUAUGAUCCCAAACUGCAGCUUAUGGCCAUUGGAACUAAAUCAGGGGCCAUCAAAAUAUAUGGGGCUCCUGGGGUGGAGAUGACUGGACUUCAUAAAGACACUGCUGCCGUCACUCAGAUACACUUUCUCUAUGGACAGGGGAGGAUACUUUCUUUGUUGGAUGAUAACACCAUUCACCUAUGGGAGAUUGUGCAGAGAGAAAACCGAUCACAUUUGGUGGAGGUUCACAGCUUCAGCCUGCCUGGCAGGCCAGGCAUCGAGAGCACCAGUGCGACACGUGUGACCGUCAUGCUGUUGAAGCUGAGCUGUGAUCUUCUUGCUCUGGGCACUGAAGGUGGUGGGGUGCACUUCCUGGAACUGCCCACCCUCACCUUGCUGAACAAGUCACUGUUCCAGGAUGAGAUCAUGCAGAGCGUUCCAGAGGAGUACAGGUGUGGAAAAUCAUUGGGGCCUGUGGAGUCCCUGCAGGAACAUCCGCAAGACUCUGAUAAAAUCCUCAUUGGUUACAGCAGAGGUCUGGUUGUACUCUGGGACCUCAACAGUCGGCAUGUAGACAACCUCUUCCUGGGAAAGCAGCAGCUGGAGAGUUUGGUCUGGGAACGGUCAGGGAACAGCUUUGUUAGUUCCCAUAGUGAUGGCGGAUACAUGGUGUGGGCUGUCAGCAGCAGCAAUCCCUGCACUCAUGACCCCAUCUCAUCCACAGUACCAUAUGGCCCCUUUCCCUGCAAAGCCGUGAACAAGAUCCUGUGGAGAACAACAGAAUCAGGAGCUCCUCUAGUGUUGUUCAGUGGCGGUAUGCCCAGAGCCAGCUAUGGAGACAGACACUGUUUGACCAUCCUCCAGGACAGCAGCCACGUCACCCUGGACUUCACCUCGCGUGUCAUAGACUUCUUCACCAUUCACUGCACAGACAAAGAUAAGGAAUUUGAUGACCCAUCAGCGCUUGUGGUUCUUUUGGAAGAGGAGCUGGUAGUGAUUGAUCUUCAGAUGGUUGGCUGGCCCACUGUCCCUGCUCCCUAUCUGGCUCCUCUGCACUCCUCUGCCAUCACCUGUUCAUGUCACAUUUCAAAUGUGCCGCCCAAACUGUGGGAGAGAGUGAUCAGUGCGGGCCAGCAGCAGUGUCCUCUGCAGAACUAUGAGAAUUGGCCAAUAUGUGGAGGGAAAAACUUAGCACCUGAUUCAAAGCAGAAAGAACUGCUGUUAACUGGUCACGAGGAUGGUACAGUGCGUUUCUGGGAUGCGUCAGGAGUGUCGCUCAAACCGCUGUACAAACUGAGCACAGCCAACAUCUUUCAGACAGACUGCGACCACAACGACAGCCUGACGCAGGCCGGGGAGGAGGAAUGGCCUCCUUUCAGAAAGGUGGGCUGUUUUGACCCAUACAGUGAUGAUCCCAGACUAGCAAUCCAGAAGAUCAGCGUCUGUAAAUACAGCGGAAAACUGGUGGUGGCUGGAACUGCUGGACAAGUUAUAGUUCUGGUUCUUAGCGAUGAGAAGUCCGAUCACAUGAUUGAUGUGGCCACGGUGGACCUGCUCCAGGACCGAGAGGGUUUCACGUGGAAGGGUCAUGACCGGCUGCCUCCUAGGAGCGGCUCAGUAGUGUUUGCUCCUGGAUUCCAGCUGGUUGUCCUGGUGCAGUGCAUGCCCCCCGCGGCCGUUACCGCGGUAACCCUGCACGCAGAGUGGAACCUCAUUGCCUUUGGCACCAGUCAUGGCUUUGGCCUCUUUGACUAUCAUCGGCGAAGUCCAGUGCUGGCGAGGUGCACUCUACACCCCAAUGACUCUCUGGCUAUGGAGGGCCCGCUGUCUCGAGUGAAGUCUCUGAAGAAAUCCCUGCGCCAGUCCUUUAGAAGAAUCCGGAAGAGCAGAGUCUCGGGGAAGAAACGUGCUGUGGUUAAUAGUCCCACCAGUAAAGUGCAGGAACACGAUGCUGAGGUGGCACCAGUGCAGAGACGGAUUGAGCCCCGCUCUGCAGACGACUCGCUGUCUGGAGUGGUGCGCUGCCUCUGCUUCGCUGACACUUUCCUCAGAGAUGGAACGCAUCAUGGACCUACCGUGUGGGCCGGCACGAACUCUGGCUCCGUGUACGCAUACGCUCUGGAUGUACCCUCGCAGGAGAAGUUCUCUGAGCAGAGCGUGGAGGCGCUGCUGGGGAAGGAGAUCCAGCUCAUGCACAGAGCUCCAGUGGUGUCCAUCGCUGUGCUGGAUGGCCGAGGGAACCCUCCGUCAAGAUUAACCGUCCAUUUAAAAAAAUGA